AGCAAAGAAAAAAAAAAGAGAAGAAGAAGAAUGUUUAAGGUUCAUUUGAAUAUGUCCAAGAAAUAGCAUGAUUCGACUGAAUUCGGCGUUCUUGAGAGUUUUAUUGCACAAUCAUAUUUAUCAAAAAUUUUCGCGCAUCACAAAUUGCUUGAAAAACCACAAUGUCUACACAUAACUUUCCUAUCUUGAAAAAUGAUAGAAUUCUAAGGGCUGCCAGGGGAGAAAAAGUAGAUAAACUACCAAUAUGGAUCAUGAGACAAGCAGGAAGAUAUUUACCAGAAUUCACGGAGUUUCGUAAACAGCAUACAUUUUUUGAGAUAUGCCAGACUCCACGUCUAGCAUGCGAAGUCAGUUUAAUGCCAAUCAAGAGAUACGACCUAGAUGCAGCUAUAAUCUUCAGCGAUAUACUUGUCAUACCACAAGCUCUAGGAAUGAUUGUUGAGAUGAGACCCGGAGUGGUACGUUGUAACCAGAAUAUCUUAUAAAAAUUAGUCUUUCAUAGAAGUGGAUAGAGCGAUAGAUAAAAAUGAAUAUAUGGUGACUGAAUUUCAUGAUUAUUCAUGAUUUUGAGGUGAUAAAUUUUAAAAUUUUGGAUUAGAAAAUUAGAGUAUUGUAAUAUUACAUAGACUUCAACAAAUAGUUAUAUUGA